AUGGCGAGAAAGCAAAUCAGGAAAAAUGCCGAAGCGUGGAUGGAAAUAUUACGAUGCAAAGAUCGUAUCAAAUCAUUGGAAAAUCAGAUCCAGAUUUUGGAAGGUGUUGUUUCACCGCUGCGCCCGGCAACUGCUGAGAGAAAAUCCGAACAGCCUGUGGCAAUAAAUUUGGAUUCGUUGUACGAUGCCGUCGAAGAAGAGAACGAAGUUGCAGUGAAGUUAAAUUCGACUCCGAAGGAAGCGACAAAGACUAAAAAACGGAAGGAAAAAGGAGACAACAACGAAGCGGAAACUAUUCAUCAAAAUGAAAGUCAAAAGAAGAAAAAAAAGAAAAAGCCACCGGACCAAAAAUCCAGCAAUCAGCAGAUGGAGAAUGACAGCAUCAUUCAAUUUUUAGAUUCGCCAACUCAUUUCGGAGGUACAGAUUCGACAUCUUACGGUUCAACGCAAGGGAAUCUCAUAUUUUAUUUGCUGUUGAAUAUAGUGGAGUUGGAUUAA